UCUAGCGCCGACUUUCGUUGACCCAAGUUAGAUAUAGACGCACAAGCUUUAAUCAUGCUGAGAAUCAAGCAUUCUUCUACAUUGCUCUUGCCCUCAUUUUUCUGAGAAUACUCACAAAUUAAAGCCUUUCAAUGGAUGCUAGUUCUAAUGCUGCACGUUCUUACUCUUCAUUGAACUCGAAAAUCCCCCCAUGGAAGUAUCAUGUUUUCUUGAGUUUCAGAGGAGAUGACACCCGAAAAGGCUUCACAGCCCAUUUACAUGCCGCUCUUCAACAAAGAGGUAUCAUGACUUUCAUAGAUGACGAGCUUCAGAGAGGAGAUGUUAUUUCUAUUCAACUCAUUCGAGCAAUUGAAGAUUCUCUCAUCUCUCUUGUUAUUUUUUCCCAAAAUUAUGCUUAUUCAAGUUGGUGUUUGGAUGAACUCCAAAAGAUUCUUGAGUCUACAAGAUCUUUAAAUAGAGAAGUUAUCCCAGUGUUCUAUAAUGUUGAUCCCUCUGAUGUACGACAUCAAAAAGGAGCCUUUGCUGAUGCCUUUCAAAAACACAGUGAAAGAUUUCAUGAUGAUGAAGAGAAGGUGCAGAGAUGGAGAGAUUCCUUGAGAGAAGUUGCAAAUAUUUCUGGCCACCACUCUAAGGAUCAGCUGGAAACAAAAUUGAUUGAAGAAAUUGUCAGAGUUGUAUGGACAAAACUACAGCCUCACAUGUCAUAUUGCUACAAAACUGAAUUUGUUGGAGUGGAGUCAAGGAUUGAAGAAGCGAAUGCAAUUUUAAAGAUCGGAUUGAAUGAUGUUCGCUUUUUAGGAAUUUGGGGUAUGGGCGGUAUUGGCAAGACAUCUCUUGCAAGAGCUAUCUAUGAGAUAAACUGCAAUCAUUUUGAUCUUCAUUACUUUUUUACUAAUGUUAGGGAUGUUUGCACAAAGGAAGGACCGGUUUCACUGCAAAGAAAAUUUCUUUCACGUUAUGGGAAGUUGAAAAGUAUAGACAUUGAUGAUGCAUAUGAAGGGAUGAAGAUCAUGAGAAACAUUCUUUGCACUCAAAAAGUGUUGUUGGUACUUGAUGAUGUCAGUGAAAUUAGUCAACUUAAAGACCUUGCAGUGAAGCUAGCUUGGUUGGGUACAGGAAGUAGAGUAAUAGUCACAACAAGGGAUAGACAUGUAUUGAUAGCACAAGGAGAAUUUGAAAUAUAUGAGGCAAAAUUAUUGAACCAUAAGCAAUCUCUUCAACUCUUUUGCCAAUGGGCUUUUAAAAGUGAUAAACCAACUGAGGAAUAUUUGGAUUUGUCUAGAAGUGUGGUUAAACACGCUGCAGGGCUUCCUUUGACACUUAAAGUGUUGGGUAGUCAACUUUGUGGAACAAAUAUAGUAGAGUGGAAAGAUACUUUGGAGAAAAUAAAAAAAGUUCCACCGGGUGAUGUUAUAAAUAUACUUAGAGUAAGUUAUGAAGCAUUAGAUGAUAUGGAGAAACAAAUUUUCUUAGAUAUUGCAUGUUUCUUCAAAGGAAUGCAUAAAGAUGAAGUGAUGCAAAUAUUAGAAAUUUGUGAUUUUCAUCCAACAAUUGGAAUCAAAAGACUUGUUGAGAAAUGUAUGUUGGUAAUUGAAAAUCAUCAUGGACAUGAUAUAGUGGGUAUGCAUGAUAUGUUACAAAAAAUGGGGGAAAAUAUUAUUUUGAAGGAAUCACUAAAAGAUGUUGGAAGACGUAGUAGGUUGUGGAAAACAGAGGACAUUACUCAUGUAUUGACAAAAAAUAAAGGCACUGAUUUAAUUGAGGUCAUGUGUCUUCACCCCCCUAUGCAAUAUGAAGAAAGUUGGAUUCCUGAAUCAUUCUCAAUGAUGUGCAAUCUUAGAAUACUAAUUAUCAAAUCAUGUGAUGUGUUCCUCCCCAGGGGACUUGAACAUUUUCCUAGCUCAUUGAAAAUUCUUGAAUGGGAGAAAUAUCCAUUAAAAUCCCUCCCACAUGGUGUUCAUCCACAUGAACUUGUUCAAAUAAAAAUGCAUCACAGUAAAAUCACAAAACUUUGGCAUCAAACCCAGAUGUCAAAGAGGAUAAAGAUCAUCGAUUUGAGCCAUUCUGAAUAUUUAAUUCAAACUCCUGAUUUUUCAUUGCUACCAAAUUUGGAGCAACUAGUUCUUAAAGGCUGCAUGAAACUUGUUGAGGUGCAUCCAUCACUUGGACAUCAUAAGAAAAUCAUUUUAGUGAAUUUGGAAGGUUGUAAAAAUCUUAAAGCUCUUCCUUCUAAGCUGGAAAUGGAUUCUAUAAAAGAAUUGGUUCUCUCUGGUUGCUCCAAUUUUAAAAAACUUCCUGAGUUUGGAGAAAACAUGAAAUACUUGUCAAUACUGAAGUUGCAAGAUUGCAAGAAUUUAUUGUGUCUUCCACGUACUAUUGUUAACCUGAAAUCUCUCAAAACUCUUAAUAUAUCUGGUUGCUCAAAAUUUACAUCAUUGUCGAAAAAUUUGAAUGAAAUUGAGAGUAUAGAGGAUCUUAAUGUGAGUGAAUCUUCUCUAAAAGAAAUACCAUCAUCCAUUGUUGGUUUAAAAAGCUUGAAGAAACUAAAUGCAGAGGGAUGCAAUGGAAUUGCACUAGAUUCUGUAUGGAGCACACUUUUUCCAAUUUUAAGGGUCCUUGGGUUCAAUAAUUGUAAAGCUCCUAUGAGGUUGACAUUGCCUCCUUCUAUCUCUAGCUUAUCCUCAUUGACAGAAUUAAGGUUAAGAAAUUGCAAUCUAAGUGUUGGAUCAAUUCCAAAUGAUCUUUGCUGUUUACCAUCUUUGGAGAUUCUUGAUCUUAGUAGAAAUGAUUUUAGCAACCUACCUUCUGGAAGUUGCGUUCUUCCUCCUUCAUUCUCAACCUUAUCCCGCUUGAGAAAAUUGAAUUUGCAAUAUUGUAAUCUUUGUGAUGGUUCAAUUCCUGAAGAUCUUAGUCCUUUGUCAUCCUUAGAAGUUUUAAUUCUACGAGGAAACAAUUUUACUAACCUACCAAUUGCUUUCAUCUCUAAUCUCCCAGCUCUACAAGGUCUUUUGUUGGGUCAUUGCAAUAGGCUCUUAUCACUACCAAAUGUUCCUCCCAAUAUUCAACAUAUUAGUGCACCUUAUUGUCAUCCCUCAAUGAGAAUCUUAUCAUUUCCUCAAGUGCUAUGGAGAUAUCUUUUAUCAUCUUAUAACUAUGAUUUGGUACCAAAUUAUAGAAGGCCUUUCAUUCUUGUUCCUGGGAUUGAAAUUCCACCAUGGUUCCAUAAUCAAGACUUUGAUUUUCUUGACAACCAAAAAAGUUGUGUCUCAAUAAAAGUAGACACUUCUCAUUUUUGUGGUUCAAUUAAAGCUAUAGAAUAUUUUUUUGUUUUGUGAUACAAGAUAUGGCACCAGAAAGGCGUAUGAACCUGAAAGGUAUCUUCAGAGUUGAUUACGGAAGUGUUUGUUGGUGGCUAGAAGAUUGGGAAGCCAAGGACUCUCAUCUAUUUAUUUCCAUCGUGCCGCCCUCUUAUGUGAAGAAUGCUUGCAAUAACCAAGUUGAGAUAAAAGUUCAAACAACUUGGAGAUUGUCAUUGCAUGAUGAUGAUCCUCAUAGAAUAAAAAGAGUAGAGUUAAUAAGGAAGUGUGGGUGGCGUGUAGCAAGAAAGGAAGAAAUUGAAGAGUGCAUGCAACACCAAAUGCCAUAAAGAUGUGGCAGGAGAUAUUAUUGAGUCAAUGAAGAGAAGUCUUGGAAACUCUUGCCUUAAAUCAGUGACAGUAGAAACGAGAAGAAGGAAAGAGAGAUGCUGGCUGCAUAAAAAGGAAGAGGAAAAAGAUCCUCAUGCGUCCACAAUCACCACACGGACAG